AUGGGCUGGAGCGCAUUUCCGCCCCUCCCCGCGAAGACCGCUGCAGAUAAGCUCGAGCAGCAAAUGAUGCGAGAAACGUACACUGAGUUCGAAGACAUAGCCGCUAAAUACCCAGAGUCUGGUAUCGCGUUCGUGCCGGACCCUGAGAAUGGAUAUGUCGGCUGGCCUGACUUCCGGGUCCUUCCACAAGAGGAGUACCCUAAAGGCCACGAGAACAUUCGAUUGGGGGUAUCCUACCGAUGCUGGGUCCUAAAUUCUCCUGUCUAUCUGCUAUGGCUGAAGUCGAGGGCCGAGGGACUGGGAGUUCACUUCGUGAAAGGCCAAGUCAGCAGACUGGAAGACGCCGCCGCAAUACUUCUUCCGAGUCGGGGGUUAGAUGGAGGCAGUAGCACUAUUGUCAUUAACGCUACUGGGCGUGGACUGGACGAUCCAGCUUCAUUCCCUUCCCGCGGUCAAUUCGUUCAUGUUGCCAACGAGUGCCGAGAAACUAUAAGCCAUCACUGGGCUGACGGGUCUUCAACCGUGAUCAUUCCAAGGCCAUUGGGAGGAGGAACUAUUAUUGGCGGCACGAAGGAGCCUAACGACUGGUAUUUUCUGUCCACGCAAUCUCAGCCUGCGUUCAGGUCAGCAGAGGUAUCAGCGACUGUGACCGAUGUGGUCCUCAAGCGGGCUGUGGAACUCGAGCCUGGGCUUAUCCAGCAUGAUGUCGCAGCAACGAGUACAAGUGGAUUCAAGAUACUACAAGAAUACGUAGCCCGACGUCCGAUGCGGAAUGGUGGCCUGCGACUGGAAAGUGAGACUGGUCCAGGGAAACCCCCCAUCAUUCAUUGCUACGGUGCAGGUGCAAGCGGGUUCAAGAUCAGUUGGGGCGUUGCAACACGGGUGCAUAAAUUUGUUGCUGACCUCGAAGCAAAACAAUGA